AUGGCGGACGGCUUCAUCGUUCCAUCCACGGCUGCGCCAGAGACUGAUGCUCAGCAUCGGUUACGGGGUCCAAUUCACGCGCAACGCCAUGUGCGCGUCGUCUGUAUCGGUGCAGGUGCUUCGGGACUUUUGAUGGCAUACAAACUACAAAAGCACUUCUCAAAUUAUAGUCUCCAAGUAUAUGAGAAGAACGCCGAGGUUUCGGGGACUUGGUACGAGAAUAGAUAUCCGGGAUGCGCGUGCGACGUUCCUUCGCAUAACUACACUUGGUCAUUCGAGCCGAAAUUAGAUUGGUCCGCGGUAUACGCCGGCUCGAAAGAGAUCUUUGCCUACUUUAACGAUUUCGCGCGCAAGUACGGUCUCCGCAAAUACAUCAAGACACAACACCAGGUUGUUGGCGCAACAUGGAACAAGCAGAGAGGAGGAUAUGAUGUGCAGGUCAAAGACCUAGAGAGCAAUCAGAUCGUCAAUGACCAUUGCGACAUCUUGGUAAACGCGUCGGGUAUUCUGAACAACUGGCAAUGGCCCGCCAUACCGGGUCUGGACAAGUACAAGGGCACACUACUACAUACCGCAAAUUGGGACGACAACGUUGACCUUAAAGGCCGCCAUGUUGGCUUGAUUGGAAACGGUUCCUCUGGUAUUCAAGUCCUCCCCACCAUCCAACCACAUGUUAAGAAAGUCACAACCUUCAUCCGCGAGCCCACAUGGGUCUCACCCGUGCAAGGCCUCGAACAACACGUCUUCUCCGAUAGCGAAAGACUCGAGUUCGCCACCAAGCCUGGCGCAUUAGUCGAAUAUCGCAAGCACAUUGAGCGCGGCCUAAACGGUCAAUUCGGCAUCUUUCUCAAGAACACAAACGUCAACUCCGACACAGAAGCCUACUUCCGCAAGCAGAUGACCGAAAAACUAAACAACGAGUACCUACAAGAGCGCUUGAUCCCGAACUGGCAUGUCGGAUGCCGACGAUUAACACCAGGCGUCGGCUACCUCGAAGCCCUAGGAAAACCCAACGUACAAACCGUCUACGGCGAGAUAAACUCCAUCACCGAGCGCGGCUGUGUGUGCGACGACGGCAACGAAUACCCCGUCGACGUACUCAUCUGCGCCACAGGCUUCAACACCUCCUUCAAGCCUCGUUUCCCCGUAAUCAACUCCUCUGGCACCAACCUCCAGGACGUGUGGACCAAAGAACCACGCUCCUACUUUGGUCUCGCGGCCGCUGACUUCCCAAAUUACCUCAUCUUCCUGGGACCCAAUUGUCCCAUCGGCAAUGGCCCUGUUCUAAGCGCUAUCGAGGCGCAGGCAGAUUACAUGUGCAAGCUCAUCGAUCGCUUCCAAACACACAACAUCUCUACUUUUGCACCUAAAGCAGAAGCUAUCGAUGACUUUGUAGCUUUCAAGGAUGAGUACAUGAAGCGCACCGUCUGGCAUGACGCCUGUCGCUCAUGGUACAAGUCUCUCGGCCCAGACGGCCCCGUCACAGCACUCUGGCCUGGUUCUACACUUCACUACAUCGAGGCCCUCAUGGAGCUCAGGCUGGAGGACUGGGACGUGAAAUACACUGGUAACAGGUUCUCGUGGUUGGGCAAUGGUUAUAGUCAGACGGAGAUUGAUCCCACGGCUGACUGGGCGUUUUAUGUUAGGGAAAAGGAUGAUGAUGAACCGAUAAGUAGGUUGAGGAAGUUGCAGCUGAUAAACAAGAGUGGGACGUUGGAGCCGAGCGAGGGUGUGAAUUUUGCGGGUGGAAGGGCGGAGGGAGUAGCCAGCAUGAAGGAGUCGAAGCUAUAG